CUGGUCACCCCCUCGGGGCUGCGGGGGCGUGGGCCGUAGAGGGUGCCCCCGAGACGAUCCCGGGGCUGCUGCCGGUUUCCGGGCUUCGCUUCGAGACUUGCCUGUGAGCCUCUUUCGCUGCCCGGGAGCCUCGGGCUACGGGCUGGGAGUGAGCAAUCUAUAAAGGAGCAUGUACUUCCUCCUCUUUCUUAGAAGGCCUUGGAAAAACCUCAAGUCCGACCUUUAAAGUUUGUCAGUGUAGCCGCCUCUCAGUUGUGUACGAGACGGGACACAGCAUUUGCAGUUUGAUGUCCUGGGAGAACUCGCAGUCUGCCACUUGGCUGGACCUGUGAUCUUUUGUACCGUAGUUUGUUUACUGCAGCCUCGGUUUCCUUUUCUGAAAAGUGGGGAUAAUGGUCUUUGCCCUGCUGCCUUCCAGGGUUGUUGUGGGCUUCAGCAGAAGUGAUAUUCGUGCAAAAGCUUUGAACUCUAAAGCGUGUUUCAGGUAUAACCUUGUCCUCCAGUCUCCAGUCUGGGUCAGUUGAGUUUUAAAACCACGUUCGUGUCUAUACCAAGAUCAAAUUAGUUAAUAAGUAGGGGGAAAUGUCUUUGGAAACGAAUCUGAACCAUACAAAUGUUUUUAUGCCAGGUUCCUAGUGAAGAGGUGACCUUAGAGCGUUGCCACCUGUGGAGUCGAUUUAAAACUUCAUCUGGAUUUUAAGGCCCACCAGAAUUUAGACUCUUCUUCCUCGGCACGCACAACUGUCUACCCCUCUUGCUGUGUUAUAACUUUCCUUCAGCAUCACGCAGGUGAGGCUGCUGUCGGUUAGAAAGGAACUUUUGUAUAAUUUGCCUUCAGACACAGUGUAUCUGCAUGUUGUAGAGUUUUAUUAUUAAGAAAAUAAAAUGUCACUUAUAUGGAUAAGUGUGUGAAAGAGAUUAUCUGCCCUUAAGAAACUUACAGAGUGUGAGAUGACAUUCAUAAAUGAAACAUUUGAAUAAGAGUAUAAAGUAAUAUAUAACGACAGUGAUAUAAUGGCACUGAGAUAUCUCAGUUUUAACAUAACUCAUUUAAGGAGGGCAUUAGACAUUAUCAAGGAGAGCAUUUCAGAAGUUGGAAGGAGCAGACAAGGAGGCCAUCCCAGAAUGGAGAAUUUGUGUCUUAGAAUGAUAGAAAUAUUAUUGAAAUAGUAGAUUGACAUCAAAUCAUGGAAAAUCUUGAAUGCAAGGUGGUUUUACUCAGCAUUUGGUGUGGUGGAUCUUACCUAAACCCUUAGAACUUGUAUUAGAGUGUUCAAGUCUUCUGAGACUCCAGAGUCACCUAAGAUUGUGGUGGUGCCAUGCAGCAAGAAGCAGAGAGGUGCAGAGUUCGAGCCAGAAGGCCUGACAUGGCACUUUAUGUACCAAAAGCUCGAAGGGGUGCAGUACUCCUUAAGACAGGUGAUGAAGAAGAAAGCUGUGGUUCACCUAACUCUGUGGUGAAAGGAAAGCAAAAAGAAAGUUCUCUCUCCCAAAAAGAAGUCUUUAGAGACAAACCAGAGGCUCCAAGAGUAAGUGUCAAUCCUGACAGAAAGGAACAUACCUGUAGAGAAGGAAAGAAAUCUUCAACAAAAUUAAGAAAGGAUACCUGCCUUCGAAAAACAAAUAGCAUUUGUUCUAAGAGAGGAACCACUGAAUCCAAAGAAGUAUUAUCCCAAGGACAUCAGCAGGGAGCCCGAAAUGCUGGGGCUAUACCUAAUGCAUCUUUACAGAGACAUUUUAAACCAAAGAAGGGGGAGUGUUUGGAAGUUGAAACUACAGAUGUGACAGGGCAUGGGAGUAUACUUCUAUCACAGGCCUGUUCAGAAAUCAGUGAGGCUCAGUUUCCAAGCAAACCAUUCCAAAAUGUGGAAUUCCAUGACUUCGAUAGGCAUGAACCUGAUGGAGAAACAUUUGAAGACAAAGAUUUGGAAAGCAGAAUUGAAACCGAUGCCAAGGUGUUAGAGAUACUGUCUGAGUUUCCUAGAGUUUUUAGUUCUGUAAUGAAACCUGAGAAUAUGAUUGCACCAACUAAACUAAGUGCUGAUUCUGGAAUUGUACAACAAGGCAUGCAAACAUCAGAUGGAAUAUUGAAGCCCAGCAGUGGAGGCAUCACCACUACUUCUGUUCCUGGAAGUCCAGAUGGUGUCUUUGAUCAAACUUGCAUAGAUUUUGAAGCUAAGAAUGUAGGUGGUAUAGCCAGUAGUACAGGUUUCAUCUUAGAUCAGAAAGAUACAGAUUCCAUUUCUGAAACUGUGGGUCACGUCUCUCAUAAAAUGACUACAGUCAGCAAAUUAGAGAGCACAAAUGACACUGUUAGUCCAGUAAUGAUUAGAGAAUGUGAGAAGAAUGACAGCACUGCUGAUGAGUUACAUGUGAAGCAUGAACCUCCUGAUACAGUUGUCCUUGCUCAUGAAACACGUAGGGACAAUGGGUUUAAGAAUGUAGCUGACAUUACCAAUAAAGCAUGUAUGAUGGACCCUACAGGUAUGUCCUGUAGUGAUCAUGUAACUGUUGACAUCCCUUAUGUAGUUGCAGUUAGAAUAGCUGAUGAGACCUCCAAUAAUAAACAUAAUUUCUCAAAGUUUAUAGGAAUGAGUGCAGAUGCAACCCCUCUUCAUGUAGCUAGAAGUGGGAAUGAUACUGAAAAUUUCAGCAACCUGACUGCUUGCUCAGAUAUUUAUGCUGAGAGUAUUUCAUCUCGUUUUACAGAGUCAACAGGAAAGUUGAUAGAGAGCUUGUCAGAUUGUGCUUCCUCCUUACCUAUAAAAAAGAUUGCUGUUAGUGAUUAUGAAACUUUUUUGGACUCUGAACUCAGUAUGUUAAAUGGGACAAAAGUACUUUCCGACAGUACCAUGGGCAGUGAUCUGAGUAGUACUGGUGAUACAACAGAAGCAUUGCAUGAAGUAAGAACUGCUGAAGAGUUCAAAACAAAAGAGCAAGAUGACUCAGAGGAUAUAGAAUUUGGUAUAUCUACUCCUAAUAGGGAAUCAUUAUCUAUGGAAACAUCCAUCGAACCAAAAGCAACCGAAACUUCUCACACAGAGGGAAGUACUGCGACUGAGGAGAGCUGGGAGUCUAUGUUUAAUGAUGAUGGUGACUGCCUGGAUCCACGUCUUCUACAAGAGUUAUCAGGGAAUACGAAGAGCAGAGAAAGCAUCCAGGAACCUAGAUUUGAUUACUACAACCAUGAAGUUCCUGAUAUUGACCUCAGUGAUUGUGAAUUCCCACAUGUCAUUGAAAUUUACGACUUUCCCCAAGAAUUUCGUACUGAAGACCUUCUACGGAUUUUCUGUAGUUAUCAAAAGAAAGGAUUUGAUAUUAAAUGGGUGGAUGAUACACAUGCCCUAGGAGUAUUCUCCAGUCCAAUUACAGCUCGUGAUGCAUUGGGUAUUAAACACACCAUGGUAAAGAUUCGUCCCUUGUCACAGGCCACAAGAGCAGCCAAGGCCAAAGCUAGAGCUUAUGCUGAGUUCCUCCAGCCAGCAAAGGAGCGUCCUGAGACUUCAGCAGCCCUAGCCAGAAGGUUAGUCAUCAGUGCCCUUGGGGUUCGAAGUAAGCAGAGCAAAACCGAACGAGAAGCAGAGCUCAAGAAACUGCAAGAAGCCAGAGAGAGAAAGCGGUUGGAAGCCAAGCAGCGGGAAGACAUCUGGGAAGGCAGAGAUCAAUCUGCAGUUUGAACACCACUCAUUGAAAGGGAUAAUUUCAUGAAUCAGAAAAUGUUUCCAUAGUCGUCAGAUAAGAGGAUCUUUCCAGAGCUCUGACUACAUGCAGAUGUGCAUGUUAAAGAGAUAAAGUGAUCAAGACAAGGACCGAAUGGGUGUAGGAGGAAGACAGACCCCUGUCUUCACUCCUAAAUACAGUACUUUGGAAUCACCCUACUAUGGUGGGCAUAGCAGGGAGCCAUCAGCUAGGAAGAAACAUGGAAGAUGUGACUUCUAAGAGUCCCCUGGACACGGCAAGUCAUGUUAGCGUGGGUCACACAUCCAAGAUGUUGAAAGCAAAUACAAAACAGAACAGAGGAUUUAAACCUGCAAGGAUGGGCGAUUUAGGCCCUGCAAAGGCAGAGCAUUCCUUAGUACCUCACAAGACAGAAUAAUACUGGAGGCAGAGUAGGGGGCGGGUAGAGAGCAGUUAGUACAAAGAGGCAGAACAGUGUCUGGUUUACUUGGCAUACACAGAAUCUACACUGCCAGUUCCAGAACUCCAAAGUUGGUGAACUAUAGCAGAUGUGCGUAUUUAGACUCCAGAAUUUAUACUGAGCUCAGUGCCUGGGGCUGCUGUAGCUGCAUUGCAGCCAGGGGGCACGCCAGCGUCAUUCCUCCGAGUAAGCCAGCCCUGGGAGCUGUGUGCCAGUCCCGGUGUAAGCAGCAGUACUGUGCUGUAAGAGGGAACAUUAAAGCCCAUUUUAUGACGUGUAC